GCAAGAGCUAUCCUAUUCUACGAGAGACACCUCUCACUCUUGCCAUACACCUUUUCUUCUCCCUCAUUUCCUCCUGAGCAGAAGCAAGGAGCCUGUCUUAUCUUGAAGUAAAAAUUGUUUUCCUGUACAACCGGUGAUAAUGAGGCUCGGCGUAUAAGUCCAGAUCAAAAUUUCCGACAAUUGACCUCAUUAUUGAUCUUUACAGCUCUCAACAGUUUCUUGACAGUACAAAAUCGAAAAGGGUGAUCGUUCUCACUGGCAAACAUCUUCGUUUCUUGAUCUUUACAGCUCUCAACAGCUUCUUGACAGUGCCAGGCCGCCCGUACAAAACCGAAAACUAUGGCGACCGUUCUCAAACGUCUUCUCUGUACUGAGCCACAACCUGCUUCGCAAAAGUAGGCGAUUGAGCAGCUGAGAGACAUGGCGGACAACAUCUGCCCAAUUCCGGGAGAUGCGGACAUAGCAGGUAUUGGAGUCAGAGCAGCGAUUUAUGCUCAGGCAUUUUUCGUUGCUUGUAGCACUGCCUGCCUCGACUUCAUCGUACAGAGCUACGCCCCGGAAGGAGAACGUCUCCGACGCAUUUAUAACUCUCGCGAUACUGGAUCUAUGGUACAAGCAGCGAUAGAAUACCAUGACGCACGUCGCAAUGAGCCAACACCAGACCAUGCCUCGUACUUUGUCCUCUCAAAGAACCUGGAACGCCCCAUCCUCAUGGUUGGAUUUGCGGUCAUGGUUAGCGCCAUCAUACAGCUGAAAAAUACCAACGGCCUUACUCCAUACCACACUCUAAUCGUUCUGAACAUCAGUCUCAUCAACAGUUGUACUGGUGUCUAUCUUGUGUCCAGUCGGGAGGGGUUUCACCCGGUGCGUUAUGGUAGGUGUUGGAACUUCAGGCGGGCAGAAGACUUCCUCAAUUUCAUCCCUUUGGCUGCCCAUUCGAUGAUGCUAUCUGGUUUUGGGGUGUACUUUUGGAUGUUAAAGCAGAACACGUUAGCGCCAUUCCUGAAGUACGCGAACGAAUCCGCUCCGUGUCGACCUCUGACAUACUUCUGGGUCUUUGGGCCUGUCGACUCCACAAGUCAAUCACUGAAGAUUACCUCGCUAGUUUUCUACAUUGUGAUAUUCCCCCUUUUGGGGUAUCACUUGAUUCUUGUCUUGAAGGCGGCCAUCCGUAGCGUGUUGUACGCGCUAAUCUACUGUGGCUGUAUCAUAGUCCUCCUCGUCAUUUUCUUCCUCUGCAUAUUACCAUCGGUCUCAUUCCUCGCCCUCCUCAUCAACCUCGCCUGUUUGAUACCACACAUAAAUCGACGGCUGCCGGGGGAUCACCCCUUGCGUCAUUGCAUGGCUAAUUCUCUCAUGAAAACUUUCUCCGUUUUCGACUCAUUAUUCAAACACAGUGACAUGCCUCUGACCGUUAUCUCCGGAUUGUUGGCCUACUCUAGCCCCAUCAUAUAUUUCGUGGUAUCCACGGAAUCGAUCGUGAAGCUCAACGCACCGUAUAUCGAGCCUGGUGACCGAGAGGACGAUUGGACGUAUGGGCAGACGUUGGCUAUCUUCACUGUGAGCGUCACGAUUUUCUUGACUGGGCGUGAUCGGUGGCGGAUCUUGAGAGAAGAAAGGAGAAAAUGGCUAGAGAGAAAGAAUGCUAGUGACGGCGAGGCUGGGGCUGUCGAGUUGGGGAAUUUACAGGAACCGGAAAACGCAGUUGCCGCAAUCACCUCCGAACCUGCUCCCAAUACCGAUACGGCACCGACGCCUCCAGUGGCUAGUACUAGUAGCGUCUAG